AAUCCCCAAAAAAAAAGUACACACAUCAUCAUCAUAUCAUUCAUAUAUAUGGCAAUAUCAUCUAUAUAUACAUCCCAGUCUUUUUUACACACACUUACACACACUCCUCAUAUUCAAUCCGUUUCACCAUCUUCAUCUUUACUGUUUCCAGUCACCAACCGAUCUUUUCGGCCCACCAUUUCAUUAACAGUCUCUGCUCAAAACCCUGCAAAACCCAUCUGUUUCAAGACAAAAGCAGCAGGGUCAACAACAACAUCUGCAAACAUGACUGACAAAAAAGUACACGUGUUUGAUUCAGAAGAAGCCCUUUCUGUAUCUCUUGCUAAAUAUACAGCUGAUCUUUCUGAAAAGUAUAUUAAGGAAAAGGGGUCUUUCACUGUUGUUGUUUCUGGUGGAUCUUUGAUCAAGUCACUCAGGAAGCUAGUGGAAGCACCGUAUAAAGAUUCAGUAGAUUGGUCAAAAUGGCAUAUGUUUUGGGUCGAUGAAAGAGUUGUUCCUAAAGAUCAUCCAGAUAGCAAUUAUCUUCUUGCCUAUGAUGGGUUUCUCUCCAAGUUGCCGAUUCCUUCUGGAAAUGUAUAUGCCAUCAACGAUGCCUUGUCAGCAGAGGCGGCAGCAGAUGACUACGAGACCUGUGUCAAACAUUUGGUUCAUAAUGGCAUAAUCAGCACAUCUGAGACGAGCAGUAUUCCUAAGUUCGAUGUUAUGCUAUUGGGUAUGGGCCCAGAUGGACAUGUGGCAUCUUUAUUCCCCGGACACCCUCUACUUCAAGAGAAGGACAAGUGGGUUACCUUCAUUAAGGAAUCACCGAAACCUCCUCCAGAAAGAAUUACAUUUACUUUUCCAGUAAUCAAUUCAUCUGCAAAUAUCGCACUUGUGGUAGCAGGGGCAGGUAAAGCCCAUCCAGUGCAUGUAGCUCUGGGAAAUGGUCUAGAUUCCGAGGUAUUGCCUGUUCAAAUGGUCGCACCUGAAGGUGAACUCACUUGGUUUUUGGACAAAGAGGCUGCAUCAAAGCUCUAAGGCAAGAGUGUGAGCUGGUUCCGACUUUUUUAGACUUUUGAAUUCAGAGGACCACUUUAAGCUUCAAGAUUGUAAUGUGCUCUAAGUGAAGGGUGUGCCUUUUUUGCUCAAGUUCCAAGUAAGAAUGAGAUAGAAAGAUAAAGAUGCCAAAGUGACAUUACCUUGUGUUUGUUGUUGAGGUUAUUCUCCGUCAUUUGCCAUUGAACCUGCAUGAAGUAUCGUUUCAUUUCUCGAUUGAGUACAAGAAAGCCCCACUAGUGUCUAGUAAUAAUAUCUUUCAGCUACUUAAACUUUGAUUACAUUCAUAGUUACUGUUCUGCAUUUUGGGCAAAUACAGUAUCUUCAACUGGUUCUGUAAUUUUUGUCGUCUCUGGCUUUACCCGAGUUGACUUGGCCGACAUGAUCUACUUCAUUGUCAGGUAUGUCAACGUGCAAGGAAUGAUUAGUUAAGGAGUGCUUGAACGUGUGUUUUGGAAAUCAGUGUAUGAUAGACAAUAAUCACAAUCAGAUAAUUACAUGUAACAAAUCAUUUUGGGUGCUUCA